GGAAGAUUUUAGAGGUCAGUCUCAGUCUUCCUCGACGCUCCGACCGUGCACCGUUCAUUGACUUCUUCCAGCCUCGUUCACCGUUCUACUCUCUUGAAGGUGACGUGGUGAAGGAUGGCGCCCAACACUAAGGACACAGACAUUCUCCCCACCGGUCGCCUCUACGAAUUUGAACCGUUGCCACAAGAGUCUUCUGUCGGGGCACCUCUAACAGACAAGAUAUACGACAAGGACAUCGUUUGGAGAAAUGUCAUCUUGUUCAUCAUCCUCCACUCGAUGGCUCCACUCGGCAUUUAUUACAUCUUCGCUCGGACCAUGGCUGCUACCAAUCUCUUCUUUGUCGCUCUCGUGUUAUGCUCCGGGUUUGGGAUUACGGCUGGAGCCCAUCGUCUUUGGGCUCACCGUAGCUACAAGGCCAAAUGGCCCCUUCGACUCCUUCUCGGCUUUUUCAACACCAUCGCCUUCCAAAAUGACAUUCACGAAUGGUCGAGGGAUCACCGGGUGCAUCACAAGUUCAGCGAAACGGAUGCGGACCCUCACAAUGCGAGGCGGGGGUUCUUCUUCUCCCACGUCGGUUGGCUCUGUGUCAAGAAGCACCAAGAGGUGAUUGCAAGAGGCAAAUCCGUCGACUGCAAUGACCUCCUCGCAGAUCCUAUCGUCUACUACCAGAGGAUGUUUUACCUUCCUCUCGUGCUGUUAUGCUGCUUCGUCUUCCCGACGGUGACACCCGUUUACUUUUGGGGAGAGGAUGCGUGGGUGGCUUUCUGCACCUGUGCCUUGGCUAGGUACUGCCUCGUACUCAACGGCACCUGGCUCGUCAACAGCGCCGCACACAUCUGGGGUCCACAUCCCUACGAUAAGAAUAUAAGUGCAGUGGAGAACCUGUCCGUGGCAACCCUGGCAUUCGGAGAGGGUUGGCACAACUACCAUCACACGUUUCCCUGGGAUUACAAGACCUCCGAGCUGGGAGCAUACCACGUGAAUUUCACGGCUCUCUUCAUCGAUUUCAUGGCCUUCCUAGGCCUGGCCUACGACCUCAAGUCCGUACCAGACGAAGUGGUGAAACAGCGAGUUCUAAGGACUGGAGACGGAUCUCAUUACCGAUGGGGUGGACCUGUCAAUGACAAACGCGUCAAGCUCGCCUAGACAUUUCUCAUCAAAUUGCCGGCCGAUGAGUCAUUUCCCGCCCCGCUGCAUGUUCUGUAUGCAGAAGACUACCAGUUUUAUGACAAUUUCUCCCUUCUUUUCCUCGUUUGGGAGAAAGUGGACGACAAUUCCACUCAAGUUUUCAUUAUUUUUCGACGCACAAAAUCCCUACCCAAAGG